UAUUCCGUUUCACAUGACCCUCAAUGUCCGCAGAGCAGCGUAAAGUAAUGCGCGUGUUUGGAUAAAGUGCUUGAAUUAAACACACACAUUAUGUAUCGUAGGUUAUACAGUCUAUUCAAAAGUUCGCGUCAGCCGCUGCUUGAGACACUAAAUUCAUCGGGACGAUUGAUUGAAGAAAAUGUAAGACUUUCACGUCCGCUGUCAUGCAGUGCCAUCCGAUUACAAGAGGCUGAAGUCAAACCCGGCGUGGACACAAAUAACCCAUCGGCACCCAUCAGAACAAGAUUGAAGGAUCUCUUCCCUCCAUUUCCCGGCGAGGAGAGCUCGCAGAGAUGGGACAGCAAGAAGUAUGAAGAGUUACCAAUCGCACACAUCAAAGCCACGUACAACAACACACACAUUCAGGUGACAGACAGCGCGGGUCAGUACAUGGUCCGAACCUCGUGCGGCUCAGAGGGCUUCAAGAACGUGAAGAAAUCCACCCCUGUUGCUGCACAGACUGCUGGGAUUUCUGCUGCUGCGAAGGCGAGGGCGAAGGGGGUCACGUAUGUCCGUGUGCUGGUUAAAGGACUCGGUCCUGGACGCUUGUCUGCCAUUAAAGGGUUAACCAUGGGAGGACUGGAGGUUGUUUCCAUCACAGACAACACCCCGGUGCCACACAAUGGCUGUCGCCCUCGCAAAGCUCGAAGGAUGUGAGGAGGAACAAACCCUGUAAACCAAGACGUCUUGACUGUCGUUUUCUGCACAGCAUCUCCAUGAGUGAUACAGGCUGAACGAUGAAGGUCAACCCAGUUCAGCGUGUGUUUUUUUUUCAAUCAUUUUCCCAUCUCCAAUAAUAUGUACAUGCUAUUUACCUUUUUGAUAAUUAUUAAAGAGUGAAAUAUUAA